AUGGCGCUGACGUCGCCCCCCUCCGCGUCGGCUCCGGCCUCCGCCGGCGAUCGAUGGCCGCCGCUGGAGUCUACUCCCGAAGUUUUCAAUCAGGUACCCCUCACUCUCCUUCCUCCGACCAUCAAUUCGAUGAUCCGCUCGUUCCUCUCUGACCUCUCCGCGGCGUCGGCGCGCGGGCGGCAGUUCAUGUGGUCGCUAGGCGUCCCGGAGCACGACGUGGAGUUCCAUGAUGUGUACGGACUCGACGCCGACGCGUUGGAUAUUGUUCCCCAGCCUGUGCUCGCCGUUGUUCUCUGCUUCCCCGAUCCACCACAGGAUGCAAGUUACCCUUCAGAACAACUCUUAUUUUCUGGAGAAAAGGAAACACAGGACCAGGUUUACUUUAUAAAACAGAUUGAAUCAUUGGGAAAUGCUUGUGGAACUGUUGCUCUACUCCAUGCUGUUGGAAAUGUAUCUUCAGAAGUCAAUUUAGUGGAGAAUUCAUGCUUGGACUUGUUCUUCAAAUCAACUUCUAGCAUGGACCCAUAUGAGCAUGCUGUGUGUCUGGAGAAGGAUGAUGCCAUGGCAAGGGCUCACUCACUGGUUGCCAAUGCUGGUGUCACAGAGCUCAGUGAUCUUGUAGAAGAGCACUACAUUUGUUUUGUGUCUGUCAAUGGAACACUUUAUGAGCUUGAUGGGAUGAAGGAUGGACCUAUAAAGCACAGAUCCUGUUCUUCUAUAAGUUUGCUGCAGGAUGUUGUUCCUGUCAUUAAGGCCAUCAUGUGCAAUAUCCCUGACUCAAUCAACUUCAAUCUUAUGGUGCUGUCAAGGAAAGAAAAAUAA